AUGGGCUGUCGUCCCUCGACACCCGAGGUGAUUACCGUAACUCCCCCGGAUCCACCACCUAGUGAGGUGCCAAGCGAUCCACCGCUAUCGAAACCACGUUCAUAUCGUCCCUCAAUCGCUAGUCUACAGAUACCGAACUUUCAAGAUGACUUGAGUUCCGAAUGCAUGAGCGAUCGAUCAACAGAUCAAGAAGCACCGGAGAAUCAGGAUUACCUCUGCGGGACUGAUGUUUCGUUGCAAUGGUUGCUUCAAACAUUCGCCGAUAAGUUCAACAAGAAUUUUGAGGAGGAACCGCAAUGGAUCACAGAACGACUAAAUCGACCGAAAUGGAUGACAGGAGUGAGGAAAGGAAAAGGCGUAAGAAACGUGGGAUAUACAAGCCGUGUCUCGUCAUCCGAACAAUCAGCACCAACACCUCUUCAUUAUCCUAUUGCUGGAAAAUCCGACGCUUACGCCCGCUAUCGAGGGCUUGGGACGUUGCAAGAUUAUGCCACAUCCACAGUUUUGCGAGUGACAUUCGGCUGGGAGGAUGACGAUCUGCCGAAGAGUGUUAUCCUCAAAACUCUUUCCUCGAAAGAGUUGCGCGAUGACGAUGAGGCAAAGUAUCACUACCUCAUGUUCAAAAGAGAAUGUAAUGUUUACGAUUGGACGCAAAAAUAUUCGAAAUUAGCGUCUCCUAGAAUUUUUCAUAUAAAACGGCAAGCUAAGGAUUUCGGCGGGGUGGUAGUUAUGGAGGACAUCGGGGAGCGAGGAGUACAACAGGACGCCAUUAAAGGUUUGUCGGUUGACGGUGUAAGAGAUCUUCUACGACAUUUAGCUGUUCUUCACACAGUUUCAAUGAAGCACACAGGCUGGAACACAUUGGUUGCUGACCUACCUCCAUCAUAUUACGAGUAUUUAGUUUCUAGUUAUAACGAUAUGGUUAAUUUUUUCGAACGUCAUGACGUCGAUCAUUCACGCUUUGUGGAAACCGGCCAAUAUUUCUCUUCCGAGUAUCUGUACACUACUUCUACUGAAGCUGCAGAAAAAUUGCCUCCUAAAGUUUUCGUACACGGUGAACCAUACGCAUCUAAUGUGUUUGUGUUGAACGACAGUAAGGAUAGUCGGAUAGCAGCAUUGAUCGAUUGGACAGCGUUACCAUCGAUUCGCCAGUCGAUAAUGUUAUCAUUACCCGGCCAUUGGCAAACUGAGAGCCAUUCGGGAUGUUUCGGCGAAGAUAUAGCGAAGGCGAUUUGUUGGAAUCUUUCAACGAAGGAUAGGCUUGAAUGUACGACAACUCUACUCGAAGAAUACCAUUUACAAUUCGUUGCCCAUUCUCCGGAAGACUCCCAAAUCACUCUGGAUUUAGUUCGGAAAGCGUUUGAUAUGUUCGUUCCACUUGCAAUGGUAACAUUCGUAGCAAAGGUGAUAGCGAUGAAGAACAAAGAGGAUAUCGAACCAAUGAUUGAGCGAGCGAAAGGACUCAUUCAAAAUGUAUAUACAAUGGGAAGGAUACUUCAUGGAUAG